AUGGGAGUGCCGGGCGUCAAGUGCGGCCGCGGCGGGCACCAUGCUCACGCUGCGGCUUGCGUGGGAGGAGUGGCCGGUGCUGCCCGCCUCCGACGACGUGGUCGCGCUGCACAUGGCCUUCUACGACACGGCGGCCUGCGUCUUCGUUGGGGCCACCUACGCCGUGGCACAAGCCGCCCUGGCGGAGCCGCUUCUCUUUCGGGGCCGGGCGGAGAAUAUGCUGCUGGUGGUGGAGGCGGUGACCCGCGACGAGCGGCAGGACGCGCCGGUGGAGGGGCGCCGCGUGCUGCUGUGGGGUCACGUCCCGCUUGCGGAGGCGUGUGCCUCGCACACCCUCGCGUUGCGCCCCGGCAGCGCCCAGCUGCUGCACCUGAACGCCGCGGCGUGGCCGCGCGGGGGCGCCGCGGGCGAGGCCGUGAGUCUGAAGUACACCUGCGUGGCUGUGGAGGAUGUGGUGGUGGUGCAGCGCAUGUCGCGUCUCGUGCCGCCCGGCGUCGUAGUCACGCAGAGUUUCACGGAAAGCGCGCCGACGGCCGCCGCCGACUCCUUCCGCUGCGUUGUGCAAAAUAUUCAGCUCCACCCCGCACCGGGGAACACGGAGUGGCGCGACCGGACGGCGGAGUGGCGCGUCGCCGCGGUGGCCCACAACGGCUACCAGCAGCUCGGGCAGGGCGCUGA